GAGCCCAUUGCCUUCAUGGGAGGGAUGUUUGCAGGACUUUUGAGGCUUGAUUUGAACGAAGAUCCCCUCAAGGAAUGGGUUACUAGGACUGUUGAAGCCUCUGGGAUUACGGAAGAAGCGAUCACCUCUGAAGAUGCCAAACAAGAAGAAAUACCACAACAGAUAGAGAUUGAAUGA